AAUAUUAUUCAUCAAGCUUAAUAAAUAAAUAUAAAUAAAUCUUCCUCUACAUUACUGAUCAGAGCAGAUGAACUAAACAACGUCAUAAGGGGUUGUUUCCGACAAUUCACCUUAAACAAAGACACGUUUGAAAUCCGGACGACGUUCUCCUCACAAGCGUGAAAGAGUCGGGUCCCCACUUUCACUGUAUUCCAACAGAGAAAAAAACAGACAAAGCAAAGCAAAGCACCACCCAAAGAAAAAGAGAAAGGCAGACUUAGAGAGUAUUCUCUGGCAGAUUCAUUAGAUCCCAACCAACAAAAUAAAAUAAAAAAAAGCAAAAAACUGCACCGUUUCUCUUUCUCUAUAGACAAGACUUCUCCUUUUUUUUUUUUUUUUCUUUCUUGUUCUUAUCUUUGAUUUUUUUGUUUUGGUUUUUCACUCUCUUGAAAGAACAGAAAAAAAUUUUUUUUGUUUGAUUGGGAAGUUCUUUUACUUGUCCAUUUUGGUUCAAUUAUUGCUGAUGAGACUUUCAUUGAUGUAAUCGAGCUUUUUUUUAUUUUUUUGUUUGAACGUUUUAUUUUGGGUCCUUUGUAAACCGAUCUUCGAAGGUAUAAUAUUUAUCUUUUUCUUUUUUGUUUUCAGUAGUUUUUGAUUUACCAUUUGAAUCUAAAAGCCUUUCUAAAAUGUUUUUAGGGUUUUGUUGGUUCAUUUGAUAGUGCAGUUUGGUGCUUUGUUUCAGUGUUCUGUUUUUUAUUCCUAUUGUUUAUAAGUUGUUUUUUUGUUCGUGACUUGUGCUUUGGUUUCUGAGAAAAGCAAGGGGAAUGAUAAGUGUACGUUGUGAUUUAUUUUUUUAAAUGUCGGUUUAGUUGUUUUGUUACUGAGAAAUAUUUUGGAAUCAAAAGGAAAAUCUGAAGUUUUGAACUCUUUGUCUCUUUGAAAAUAAACAAAAAAAAAAAAGUUUUUGAUAGUUUUACUAUAUCUAGCACCAUCAGAAAUAAAAAAAAAAAAUCAGAGAAAUUAGCGUACAUUUUCACGCAUUUUCGCAGGAACCAAACAGGGGAUUACUUGAAUCAAGGUUGGCAGAUCUGAAAGUUUGAAGGAAGUCUCUGUUUACGUCCCUCACUUGAAAAACCUUUUCCAGGUUUUUGGUUUUUUCGGUCACUUUGUUUGAAUCCAAAGAUGAUGCAUCGUCCUCAACGUGAAGAAUUCGCCCUUAAGGAGACCUAUCCCCACCUUGGUGGUGGAAAGAUCAGUGGGGACAAGCUUACGAGCACUUAUGACUUGGUAGAGCAGAUGCAAUACUUAUAUGUUCGGGUUGUAAAGGCAAAGGAUUUGCCAGGGAAAGAUGUUACUGGUAGUUGUGAUCCUUAUGUUGAGGUUAAGCUUGGAAACUACGUGGGUUUUACUCGGUUUUUUGAGAAAAAGUCGAAUCCUGAGUGGAAUCAGGUGUUUGCUUUUUCGAAAGAUAGGCUUCAGGCUUCAUUGCUUGAGGUUACGGUUAAGGACAAGGAUUUUGUGAAGGAUGACUUUAUUGGGAAGAUUUUCUUUGAUCUCAAUGAGAUUCCAAAAAGGGUUCCCCCGGAUAGUCCACUGGCACCACAAUGGUAUAGGUUGGAGGAUAGGCAGGGGAAUAAGGUUAAGGGAGAGUUGAUGUUGGCUGUUUGGAUGGGAACUCAAGCUGAUGAAGCGUUCCCUGAAGCUUGGCAUUCUGAUGCAGCUGUUGUUAGUGGGGCUGAAGGUCUUGCAAAUAUUCGAUCAAAAGUAUAUCUCUCUCCAAAGCUUUGGUAUUUGAGGGUUAAUGUUAUUGAGGCUCAGGACUUGCAACCUGGUGAUAAGGGUCGGUACCCUGAAGUUUUUGUGAAGGCUACCUUGGGAAAUCAGGCUUUAAGGACUAGGAUUUCUCAGGCCAGGGGUAUGAAUCCAAUGUGGAAUGAGGAUCUUAUGUUUGUGGCAGCAGAACCUUUUGAGGAGCGAUUAAUUUUGAGUGUAGAAGACAGGGUUGCUCCUAACAAGGAUGAAGUUCUGGGGAAGUGUGCAAUUCCUUUACAAUAUGUAGACAAGAGGUUUGAUCAUAAACCUGUGAAUAGUAGGUGGUUUAAUCUUGAGAAGCAUGCUAUUAUAGAAGGAGAGAAGAAGAAAGAGACUAAGUUUUCGAGCAGAAUUCAUAUGAGGAUCUGUUUGGAAGGUGGUUAUCACGUUCUGGAUGAGUCAACCCAUUACAGUAGUGAUCUUAGACCAACUGCAAAGCAGUUGUGGAAGGCUAGCAUUGGGGUUCUGGAAUUGGGUAUUCUUAAUGCGCAUGGUUUAAUGCCAAUGAAGACAAAAGAUGGACGGGGGACAACAGAUGCUUAUUGUGUUGCAAAGUAUGGUCAAAAAUGGGUUCGAACCAGGACAAUCAUUGAUAGCUUUGCACCCAAGUGGAAUGAGCAGUAUACAUGGGAGGUUUUCGAUCCUUGUACUGUCAUAACUAUUGGGGUGUUUGAUAACUGCCAUUUGCAUGGAGGAGAUAAGGGUGGAGGGGCUAAGGAUUCUAAGAUUGGGAAGGUGAGAAUUCGUCUUUCCACUCUUGAAACUGAUCGGGUUUACACUCAUUCAUAUCCACUUCUGGUGCUACAUCCAAAUGGGGUCAAGAAGAUGGGUGAAAUUCAUUUGGCUGUGAGGUUCACUUGCUCUUCGUUGCUUAAUAUGAUGCAUAUGUACUCUCGUCCUCUUUUGCCAAAAAUGCAUUAUCUUCAUCCGUUGACUGUUAUCCAACUUGAUAGCUUGAGGCAUCAGGCCACACAGAUUGUGUCAAUGUGGCUAGGACGGGCUGAACCACCAUUGAGAAAAGAGGUGGUCGAAUAUAUGCUAGAUGUGGGUUCUCACAUGUGGAGCAUGAGAAGAAGCAAAGCAAAUUUUUUCAGAAUUAUGAAUGUUUUGGGUGGGUUAAUUGCUGUUGGAAAAUGGUUUGAUCAGAUUUGUAAUUGGAAAAACCCUAUUACGACAGUAUUGAUUCACAUCUUGUUUAUCAUACUGGUCCUCUAUCCUGAACUUAUUUUGCCGACAAUUUUCCUCUACCUGUUCUUGAUUGGGGUUUGGUAUUAUAGAUGGAGGCCAAGGCAUCCUCCUCACAUGGACACUCGCCUUUCUCAUGCAGAUUCCGCACAUCCUGAUGAACUGGAUGAAGAGUUUGACACAUUCCCAACUUCCCGGCCAUCUGAUAUUGUCAGGAUGAGAUAUGACCGACUGAGAAGUAUUGCUGGGAGAAUUCAGACAGUGGUUGGCGAUUUGGCUACACAGGGUGAGAGGCUGCAAUCUCUAUUAAGCUGGAGAGACCCAAGAGCCACGGCUCUGUUUGUAAUUUUCUGUCUGGUUGCUGCCAUUGUUUUAUAUGUCACACCAUUCCAGGUUGUGGCGCUGCUAGCAGGAUUUUAUAUCUUGAGACAUCCAAGGUUUCGCCAUAAGCUUCCAUCAGUGCCUCUCAAUUUCUUCAGGAGGUUGCCUGCUAGAACUGAUUCCAUGUUAUGAACAAGACUAGUUUUGUGUGCAAUUUCCUCAACGUAGUUUGGAACUGGAUUUUUCCCCUUGUUGAUUCUGACAAGAAUAUGCUGAAACAAAUGGGGCUUGUUUCUUUUCUGUGUUAAGUAGCUGUUGUUGAGUUCUGGUAUGAUGUAUAACCUUCCCCUGAAGGUAGUAGAUUUUGUGGGUUUGUGUUCAUUUAUGGUAUCUAUAGGAUUUCUGUCUUAAAACUGAGGUGUUUUCUAUGAUCAAUCAGUUUUCAUUGUAAUUUUUUAGGUUGUGAUUGGAAUUUAACCAAUUGCUGGACCUUCCCUAUCCUUAUUUUGCAUCUAGCAGAUAGUGUACUAAAACGUUAUGGGACUUAUAACCCCAAGCUUUAGUUCAUCCUUCAUGACAAGUUAUUUGUUUUGUUCAAUGGUGAUGUUAGAGCAUUAGCAUAUUGACAUGAAGCGUGUGAAUUUUAAA